GCUUGAUAUAAUAAUAGCAUAUGUUUAGUUAGCAUUAGCAUUAUAAAGGCGUAACUGGAGGAAAAUAGGUCCCUGUGAGGUUAGCCAGAAAUGUCGUUUAAAAGAGAGGGUGACGAUCAAAGUCAAUUGAAUUUACUAAAGAAACGACGUGUUGCAGAUCUUUUGUCUAAUUUCAUCCCGGAUGACGAAGCUGCUCUUCUUAAAAAUGGAAGAUACACGUGCCUUGUGUGUUCCCAUCGUCCUGUGUUUGACACUGUUGGUGUGCUCAUGGUACACAGGAAAGGAAAGCGGCAUCUUGAAGGUAUGAAAUGGUAUUACGGCAAGAAGAAUGAAAUUCAACGAGAAGUAGAUAAAAGAAGGCAUCAAGAAUAUGUCAACGUAGAAAGUGAACGGCAGGAACCCUCCAGCUCAGCUCCUCUACUGACCCAAACGCGACAAAUUACCCAUCAUGCUUUACUCAGAACUACUCCAUACAGUAGUUGUCACAGGAAGGCCAGUGAGCGAUCUGAAUCCCCAAAACGUGGCCAAGAGUAUAGAAAUGAUCAAGGCAGCAACAUCACCUUACCAAGUAAUCAGGAACCUACUGCUGUGAGGAAAGCACAAGCUGGAGGCAUCUCAGCCACCAUCACAACAGUGCAUCAAGACCUGAUUGAAGAAUGCGGAAAGGAAGAGAGAGGAAAGGUAAAGAGAAAGAAAGGAUCCAGCACUGUUGAGUGUGAGCCUCUAUCAGAGCAGAGACGCAGAGAACUAGAACACUACCUCAAGUUAAAGAGUUCCGGGUGGCUGAAGGACAAAAGUGGUAAAUGGGUAAAAGACGGAAACGUUGAGUUUGACUCGGAUGAAGAUGAACCAGGUGCAUUUCCUUGCAAUGACUCUUCUGCUCAAACAGCCGAAUGUCAGGAUUGAAGAUACCAUUCAACAACUUCCAAAUAAGCUUCAAGCUACAUUUAUUGUCUUGAUGGUCUCAUAUUAUAUCUUUUACGUUUAGGCCUCGGUUACCUUUUUUACAUACAAUGUUCUGCAUUUUGCAGUAUUUAUUAGUACUGUGUACUUGCUAUGUCCUUUAAAUAUUUUCAUCAAAUAUUUGAUGCAACUAGAAUUGACAUUUACAUGUAAAUAAAACUAUGACCUUUCCGAAGGUCAGAUGUGGUU